GGCGAAAGCGUCCCGUUAUUCUCCCCAGAUCAGGAGGAGAAGCCAAACUUCUGGCAUGUUAAAGCAAAACAGGCUCUGAAUACGGCACUCUCUGUGAAGCCCAACAUGCAUCGUGCUAAAAAUCUCAUCCUCUUCCUCGGAGAUGGCAUGGGAAUUAGCACUGUGACCGCAACCAGAAUCCUGAAGGGACAGAUGAAUGGACAGACAGGAGAGGAAAGCGUCCUGACCAUGGACACAUUUCCACAUCUCGCUCUGUCAAAGACCUACAAUGUGGAUAAGCAGAUGCCUGACAGUGCAGCGACGGCCACCGCGUAUCUCUGUGGUGUGAAAGCUAACUAUGGCACUCUGGGUUUGAGUGCUACUGCACGCCGCAAAAUCUGCAGCACAACUAAAGGCAACGAAGUUAAAUCUGUUCUGCAUCAAGCAAAGAUGGCAGGGAAGUCUGUAGGCAUUGUAAGCACAGCGCGUGUCCAGCAUGCAUCCCCUGCAGCUAGUUACUCUCACACCGCUGACAGGGAUUGGUACAGUGACAAGGAGCUACCUUCUGAUGCCGUGACAGGUGGAUGCAAGGAUAUUGCAUAUCAGCUCAUCCAUAAUACCGAUAUAAAUGUUAUUUUAGGUGGCGGCAGGCAGUACAUGUUUCCCAAGAAUAUGACUGAUCCUGAAUACCCAUCAGAGAAGGGUAGCCGAGAGGACAAAGUAAAUCUCGUUGAUGAGUGGCUCAAAAACAGAAAGAAUGCCAAAUAUGUCUGGAAUAAACAAGACUUUGAUGCUGUUAAAGAAGAGAAUACUGAUUACUUGAUGGGACUUUUUGAGCCAAAGGAUACCAGGUACGAGUUGGAUCGUGACACACAAAUGGAUCCAUCCUUGACAGAGAUGACGGAGAAAGCCAUAAAGAUUCUUAGCAAAAACCCUGAAGGAUUCUACCUCUUUGUGGAAGAUAAUGGAAGAAUAGAUCACGGCCAUCAUGCAGGCCAGGCCAAACACGCUUUGACCGAGGCUGUGGAAUUUGACAGGGCCAUUGCGCGUGCGGCUGAGUUGACCAGUGAACUGGACACUAUGACUGUGGUCACCGCUGACCACUCACAUGUGUUUUCUUUUGGUGGCUACUCUAACAGGGGAAAUCCUGUGCUAGGCACUUCCUAUUCAAAAGGUUUGGAUGGAAAGCAAUUUACUAAUGCACUUUAUGGCAAUGGUCCAGGAUACCAGAUUGUGAAUGGAGCUCGCCCUGACGUGAAUGAGACCGUCUCAAGUGAUGAUGAAUAUCUUCAGCAGGCUGCUGUACCUCUCGAAUCAGAAACUCAUGGUUCUGAAGAUGUUGCCAUUUUUGCCAAAGGUCCAAUGUCCCACCUCUUCCACGGAGUCCAGGAGCAAAGUUACAUAGCUCAUGCUAUGGCUUAUGCAGCCUGUAUUGAGCCUUACACUGACUGCCUAUUGGAGCUACAAUCCUUUGCAGUUUCCACUAAGUUCAGUCUCCUGGUUCUGGUGUUGGGCUUGGUGUCUUCUCUCAUGGCUCUGACAUAA